AUGAUUUGGUUAACAAUGCUAUCUUAAGACAUGAGAGUUAAGUUUAAAAGCUUCCUUAGUUUUUCUAUAUUGAUAAGUUUGAUUUUGGAAAAUCAAAUAAGUUAUCAUGCAAUGGCAUAAACAGAAAUUAGUAAAUCCUUCUUCACACCCUUCAGUACAGAAGACUGUAACUAUAAUAUGAUAAUUUAGAUUGGAAGACCUAUAAGGCUCAGGGUUCAAACUAUAUAACAAAUUGUGGAAGUUCAAUUAUUUUUGGAGGACCUUCUAUUUUUACUGGUGAUACAACAAUAACAAAAACAAUUAUACUUCCUGCUCAUUAUAAGUUGAAGUUUGAAUUCAAAUUCUGGAGGUACCUUAAAAUAAUAUUUAUAGAUUGGAUCCUUGGCAAGGUUCAUUCUAUACAUUCUAUAUUGAUGGAUUUAAAGCAUACAAAGAUAAUCCUAAUGUUUCAACAGGUACUCAGAUUUGUGGAAGCAAUACACUUGGAGAAGUUUACUAAAUAAGUAAUGUGAUUGAUCAUAAUGGCAACAGUGCUAUUAUUACACUUAUUUCACUCUAGCCUUCAGCAUCCUGGGGUAUUUCGGAUUUCAUAUUAUCAGUGUUUAAAUGUCCAAAAGGAUGUGAUUAUUGUGAUUAAACUGGAAACUGUUUAAAUUGGAGUAGAAUGCUUAUAUAUUUUAAUACAAUAGUUUUAAAUGAUGGAUAAGGAUGGAAAAAAGAUUAUUUUCCAUAUGAUAAUACAUAAGUCUGUGGAAGUAUAUAUAUAUUAAAUAUAUUUAGGUUUCUACUUUUAUGGACAAUUUUUAAUGACAGAAAUUGUAUCAAAUCAUUUAAGCUUACCUGAUCCACACACAAAGGUUAGGAUCUAAUUUAAGUUUCUAUCUUUAUAUGUUACUGGAUCAAUUACUAUUAAGGUUUAAGCAAAUAGUUUAUUAUUAGCUAAUACUGCAUUUCCUAUUAAUAUAAUUACUAGCUCUAAUAUUAUUUGUGGGUCUUAUUUAAAAUUAGAUAAAAUUGAUUUAGGGGAAUUUUUAAGUAGCUCUUCUACAUUAACUAUAACUAUUGAAAUCUCAGCAUUUAAUACAGUUUCUACCUUUACUCCUUUUUAUGGCAUUCGAGAUUUUGAAGUAUAUACAGAUGCACAAAAAAAAUAAGAAUUAGAUCAAACCAUUAUUUGCAGUGACAAUAAUAUAUAUGCUUUUGAUGGUUGUUUUUCUAAUAUUUAUGAUUGCAAUGAAGGUUGUCGUAAUUGUAUCAAGGGUUUGUGCACUUAAUGUUUAACUCCUUGGAUUUUGCAUACAAUUUCUGGAUAAUGUUUCCCUAAAUGUGGAGAUUAAAUAGUUGUAUAUCCAGAAAAAUGUGAUGAUGGAAAUGAUCAACCUUUUGAUGGAUGUUAUGAAUGUUAGUUUUCUUGCCCUUUAAAUUGCAUUUAAUGUGAAUUUGGAAAAUGUUAGAUAUGUAACUCUUAAUAUAAAUUAAUAAAUAAUUAUUGUUAAUUUACUUGUUAUGAUGAAUAAAAUGAAAAUAUAAGAGAAUAUUUAACAUAAAAUAAUGAAGGUUAUUAUUGUUAAAUUUAAAACUUUUUAAUUAAUAAUUAUAUGCAGAAUAUCAUAAUAAAUACAGAUUAUAAAUCUUAUUAUGAUGAUUAAUGUAAUAUUAAGAAUUAUGGAAUAUUUGCUUAUGAAUAUAAUAUAUGUCAAUUUGAAACUCCUUAAAACUGUAAAGUUUCCUUUUUAAAUGAAUGCCAAAUAUGUUAGGAAGAUUUUGAAAUAUCUAAAAAUAAUUUAUGCAUUCCUAAAUGUGGGAAUGGUAUCAUAUAAGAAUAUGAAAUAUGUGAUGAUGAUAAUUCAUAAUAAUUUGAUGGGUGCUAUGAGUGUUAAAUUAGUUGUUAAAUAGAAUGUUUAGAAUGCAAUUAUUCUUAAUGUUUUAAAUGCAUAGAAGGAUGGAGUUUAAGUAAUUUUAAAUGCAUCUCAGAAUGUGGUGAUGGUAAAGUAGCAUUACUUGAGUAAGAAUAAUGUGAUGAUAAAAAUAGUGAAAGUAAUGAUGGUUGUUUCGAAUGUAAGUUUGAAUGUAAAUAAAAUUGUAUAUUUUGCAAUAAAAAUUUAGAUUGCAUAUAAUGUCAAGAGUUUUUUGAAGUUAAGAAUUAAGAAUGUGUUCCUAUUUGUGGGGAUGGAAUAGUUAUUGAAGGUAUAGAAUAAUGUGAUGAUGGUAAUUAGAUUGAAUAUGAUGGUUGUCAUUAAUGCUUAUUUUAAUGUUAAAAAGAUUGUUAAAUUUGUGAUCAAUAAAAAUGUCUUGAUUCAAAAAAUCAAUUAUGUGAAACUGGAUAUUAUUUAAUUAAUAAUUAAUGUCAUUCAAUUUGUGGUGAUUAAAUUAUAGUAUCAAAUGAAUAAUGUGAUGAUGGUAAUGAAAUUCCAUAUGAUGGAUGUUAUUUAUGUGAAUUUUCAUGUUCUUUAAAUUGCUUAAAUUGUGUGUAUGGAUAAUGUUUUGAAUAUGAUGAUGAUUAUUACAAUAUCAAUAAUACUAAUUACAUAGAUGUAUGUGGAAAUGGCAUUAAAUCAGAACAAGAGGAAUGUGAUGAUAAUAAUCUAAUAUCUUUAGAUGGAUGUUCUGAUUAAUGCCAAAUUGAAAUUAAUUGGACAUGUACCUAAAUUAAUUAUGAAACUAGCAUAUGUGUUUAAAUUAAUCCACCACAUUUUCAAUUAUUAUUUAUUAAUCAAACAUUUGAAUCUACUUUUGUUUAACUUAAAAUUACAAGUAAGGUCAAAUUAAAAGAUUCUUAUUAAAACUUUACUGAAAGUUUAAAAGCCUCUCUUAUUGAUGUAAAUGUUUCUCAUUAUAUAAUUUAUUACUCAGUAUUAUCAAAGCUUUCAAAAAAUAUAACUUACAAAAUUGUUGA